CCUCCCCUUCGCUGUGUUUCUUAGAAAUCCAUUAGGGCGACCGGAAAUCUUUCCCAUAGUUGCUCUUUUCUCGUUCUCCCGCGCCCCGAGGAUAAAUUGUGACAUUAUUACUAUGGAUUUAAGCUAUGAGCUCUCGCUAUUCUUGCUUCGCUUGCCUUGAUUGAUCGCAACGAUGGUUCAGCAGCUAGGAAGUCUCACCUAUUUGUUUCCACAGAACGGCCUUGGGAAGGCUGGCUUCAUCUUCGAUACUAUUUUUCUCUUCCUGUGUUUCGUAGCGACUGGGCUUAGAUUAUGGUCUCGACGGCUGCAGAAGACAUCUUUGCGAUUAAAUGACUGGUUGAUACUUUUCUCAUUAAUCAUCUUCCUACCACCAUAUGCCCUACAGUCCGUCUUAUUCAUCAAAUAUGGAGUUGGACUCAACAUAGACAAGAUUUUAACAAUCGGGGGACCAGGUAUUAUGAUACGCAUUUGGCGGCUUUCUUACGCUAUGGAUAUCUUCUGGAUUCUUCUUGUCACUCUUAUCAAACUCUCUGUUCUACACUUUUAUAUUACCAUCUUUCGCCAACCUAUGUUCAUUCGUAUCGUCUAUGCCACUGCCGCACUCUGCGCCGCUUUCUGUAUCGGUGCUUUGGUUGAGGUAGUCGUGUUAUGUCCACCCAGGGGUGGCUGGCGCCCGGAUGGCCUCUUAUUUCGCUGCGACAACAACAGCUCAAUACUGCUCACUUUGGGCACCAUAGACCUGGCGAUAGAGAUCCUAGUCAUAAUGCUUCCUAUGCCGGUUUUAUGGAGGCUAAAGCUCCCCACAGCCAAAAAAGUGGCGUUGACAGCAAUUUUCGGAAUGGGAUUUCUAAUCAUAGCUUUCACCUCGAUACGGAUACGCUUUAUACUGAAUCUCAACGAUUCGGGGGACAUAUCAAGUCCAGUGCUCAUGCAAAUUUUCAGCGCCGCUAUGCCGCUCCUUGGUAUAAUCAACGCAAGUCUGCCAGUAAUGGCGCCGGCUCUACGGGAAAUAUACCGUUCUUCAUCCCGCAUAUGGCGUAAGCUUAGGAAGUCUACCGAUAACUCGACCGACAGCCGUCGAUCUCCGGUGUCUCCUAAGCCUAGUGGACCGGAAGUAAGUGUAGUUGAAAAACGCAACCUCUCAGGUGCCGUCGAACCCAACCAAAUCCGCAUUACUACGGCCUGGGAGGUGUCGUCGACACCGGCCUCGGAAUCGGAUCAUGCGAGGCAGGGAAUGUAUGCGUACGUAUAGAAACUUGCAAAGGCGCAGAUGACAUAGGGUAAAGAGGCCAGCGGGUAAAACCAACUAAAAUCACAGUCUAUGCGGUAUUAUAGAAGAAAAUGGCGAAUUAUUGCUCGCUAAUAGCAAUACACUUGCGGUCACCACCACGAUGUGCC